GAAAGCGGUGACGUCACUUCCCCCAUCAUCCUGCCGCAGACCAGGAGACCUCGCCUUUCGCUCUGCGUCGUCUGCCGCCGCUUCACAAGCCAGAACCAGAACCGCGACCAGAAUCAGCCAUGCCAGAAAGCAGCAAAAGUCACGUGAUCCUGCUAUCGUGCGGCAGCUUCAAUCCCAUCACCAAGGGACACAUCCAUAUGUUCGAAAAGGCAAGGGAGCACCUGCACAAAAGCGGCCGUUUCAUCGUGAUCGGAGGGAUCAUUUCGCCGGUGCACGACUCGUAUGGGAAAGCUGGCCUGGUGUCCAGCAGGCAUCGUCUGACCAUGUGUCAGCUGGCCGUGCAGUCGUCUGAUUGGAUCAGGGUCGACCCUUGGGAGUGUUACCAGGAGACUUGGCAGCCCACCUGCAGCGUCCUGGAGCACCACCGAGAUCUGAUGAAGCGAGUGACGGGUUGCAUUCUGUCCAACGUCAACACGCCGUCGUCCACGCCCGUCGUCGGUCAACCGCAAACGCGGACUCCGCCCCUUUACCAGAACCGCAACAACCUGAACCGCCAGGCCACUUCGGUGAAGCUUUGGGGGAAGCUGAGCGAGAGUUUGGGCAAAGUGUGCUGCGUGCGUCCUCACAUGGAACGCUUCGCCUUCAUCGAUGAAAACGCCAACUUGGGACCCAGCCUGACGUAUGAGGAGAUCGAGUUGCGCAUCUUGCUCCUGUGUGGAAGUGACCUCCUAGAAUCCUUCUGCAUCCCUGGCCUGUGGAAGGACAGUGAUAUGGAGGUAAUCGUGGGCGACUUCGGCCUGGUGGUGGUUCCUCGUGACGGCGCCAAAACAGAGCGCAUCAUGAAGCAGUCGCCGGUGCUGCGCAAACACCAGGACAACAUUGUGGUGGUCGAGGACAACGGCGAGCAUCCCAUGGCGCAGGUCAGCUCCACCAAGAGCAGGCUGGCGCUGCAGCACGGCGACGGACACGUGGUGGACUACCUGUGUCAGCCCGUCAUCGACUACAUCCUCAACACGCAGCUCUACAUCAAGGCCUCGGGAUAGAGACUGCUGCAGCGCAGCACCCGUGUGCUAGCCGGCGCCCGCUAACACGUCUCCCCGCCGACCGCACCACUUGGGCCAUUUCCACACCCACCCGCAUCGCACCGGGGACUCCAAAACAUUUUUGGGCCCCCCGUGUCCUUUGACGCAUUCACCAACUUUUCUGCAUGUUCUUCACACCAGACGCAGCGUGGGCUAGACUGGGUGACAAAUAGGAGU